UAGAUUAUCCAAUGCAGCAUCAAUUCUUCCUGGCAAUGAACGACGAGGAGUUUCGGUCUGCGACUCGGCGCUGUGACCAGGGCAGUCUACUUUGGAAGUCGUUGUGCGCUUUUUGAGUCAUGUGCCUUUACGAGCUUGGGAUGCUUGCUGCAGGUGGCACCACGCGCCAAAUCUUUCCACAGCUUCUCAGACAACUUGAUCCUCCACGUACCAUUGCUUUGACAUACUCGCGUGGCAUGUUAUUGUCGAGUGAACCCUCUGCGAACUUGGUUGUCUGAUGACAGGCUAGUUGCACAACUUUGCUCUAUGAGUGAAUCCGAGGGCAUCGCAAGGCCCCCGUUCAACAAGGCCAACGCUGACCUCAUAUUGCGUUCGUCGGAUGGCGUCAAGUUCUAUCUCCACAAGCAGGUACUGAUCCUGGCAUCGGACGUCUUCGACGCCAUGCUAUCUGUGCCUCAACCGACUCAACCACCGACGGAAGAUAUGGACCCCGUAUCUGGGCUUUCUCUGGUUCAGAUCACGGAGGACUCGGAGACCUUGGAUCGUCUCCUGCGCUUCUGCUAUCCCAUCGCGGACCCGGAGCUGAGGACUGUCGAUGAAAUCCGGCUCGUGUUGAUCGCCGCGAUCAAGUACGAGAUGGAGGAGAUCAUACCGAUCCUGCGGAAACGAUUAUCCCUCUUUGAAACCUCACCACUCGGAGUGUAUGCUCUGGCGUGCGAGCUGGAUCUUGAGGACAUUGCAAACGCUGCUGCAGUGCGUUGCCGCGCUCAAGGAGUUGCGACUGGCUACGUCAGCGAGAUGGAUAGGAUGACGUCGAGACACAUGUACGAGCUCCUCGAGUUCUGCGGCCAAGAGCAUGUCCCUGCCGGAGUGGGUCAGUCUGCGUCGCGGAUGCUUCGGGAUCCGUCUCAUGAAGACCGUCGGCGGCGGCGCCUGGGGGAGAAGAAAUUCGACCUCUGCGCAGGAGCAAAGGAUGAUAAGGCGGUCUUCAACGCACAUCCUUGUGCAGACAUGGUCAUUCGGUCGACGGAUGUAACUCUGAUGCCCUUUUAUGUGAACCGCUACAUUAUCUCCUUGGCGGCACCCACAUUCUUCGAGCAUCGCCGACCGAUCACAGACCCUUCCUAUGCCGAUUUGCCAGUCUACGAGCUCAAUGAAGAUUGCAUGAUCGUCUUCAUUCUCCUCCGGCUUAUGUACCCUCUACCAGAGCUGGAGUUCAACGACAUGGAUCUUCUGGGUGUCGUGACGGAGGCAGCCGUCGAGUACGCUCUGCCUCGGGUCAUCGAAAUCAUGAAGCGCAGAUGGAUGGGCCACAUGGAUACGGCACCCCUCCGAGUGUACUUCGCCAUGAUGCGUUUCGGAUGGGAACGCGAAGCGGAGCAGGCCGCAAUUCGAGCAUCCUACAUCAAACGAGACACAUACGUCCCGGAGAUGGCGAACGUAUCCGCCCGUGCUUACCGUCGGUUUCUCCUCUUUCGCGAGAAACGGAGAGCGGCUGUGUUGGCCCAACUAAGUACGCGCACCCGCCAUGGUGGAGCUGGCCGGGCACAGCUGUACUGGGGUCGAUGUUCUGAGGUUACGAACGACAGGGAUCGAUUGGCGUUGGAUAUCAUGGAAAACAUUCUCGAGCACGGGUGGCCCGGUGCUAGGAGCUGCAUCCGUGUGCUGCUCUCGUCACAAGUUCACGACACUGGCGGCAAACAGACCCGUCACAGAACAACCACUUCGGACGAAGACAUCUUGUUGGGAAUCCUUGAACAAGGGAUACAGAAGGCGUUUCAGAAAAUAUCUUUCUUUGCGGAGGAACCCGACAAACCGAAGUAGGCCUCACAGUAUUUAUAGAAAAAUUCGAUACAUGCUGUACCAGCUUCGACCAUGGGUAUGUAUGUACUGAAUACUAACAGGAACUCGAG